AUGCUUGUCGAAAAGGCUAAAGAGGAGAUACAAGCAUUUAGAAGUGCUCAUGUCACUCUUAUAUCCCCUAGAACAAAUAUCUUACAGGUGGCUAGGUCUUGGGAGAAACCUCCAUCAGGAACCUAUAAAGUCAACUGGAAUGCAGUCUUAGAUAAGCCGGAAGGGGAAAUAGGCUUUGUGGCCAUAGUGAGGGACUUUGAAGGACAAGUUAUAGGCAUUUUUCGAACAUGUAGGGUGCUACCUGCAAGUGCUUUCCUUGCAUCAACCUAUGCACUUAAGAUGUCUUCCAGUUUUUGUCAAGACAUUGGUCUAAGUCAAAUUAUUUUUGAAGAUGAUGUGCUUCAGGUGGUCAAUGCACUAAACAAGAAGAGAAUGGAUUGGAGCCAGAUGGUUUUCUGA